AUGGCGCUAGUCCCGGAUAGGCAAGCAUUCAUUGUUGUCGCGCUGAUUGAAACUUCAAUGCUGCAGCUCCAGCUCCAGCUGCAAAAUCCUCCCCAGCUACCUCCAAUUUUCCCCGGGGAACUCCAGCCCCUGCGGACGGUCUCUCCUUGCGAAUUGGAUUUUUUUUCUCUUGGGCUGGAUAAUGAUAUAGCUGUGCCACCUAUGGCUCCGGUCCCGGAAGCCUAUUUUGCGUCCCUGGACAAAUGUUUCUCUGGGGACGCCCAGCUUCUGUCGUGGAAGAGAGUCUUCCUGUAUCUAUGCGACCCCGAAAAACACUCCGACGAUGCAGGAAGUGCACAACCUUUCUUGUGGCAUCCGGAGAGCAUCCGUCUCCUCUCUCAUAGUCUCGCUCCGUUCGCUCCGCCGUCUGCCAAAUCCAAGUCCGAAUUCGAGUCCAAGACAGCUGCGAUCAAUGUUGAAACAUCACCGCAGGCGCCCUAUAACUUAGACGAGAUCAAGUCGGAUGCUCUGUGGCUCAGUAAGCAUGCUGGCAUUGACGAAGUAACCGCCUUGCGCAUCACGGUGCUGGAAUGGCAGAGCCGGCCAAACGCGCGGCUCCUGGCCAGAUUUUCAGCAGAAGAAGCGACGAGUUUACAGGAUGCGACAAGUGUGGACAGCUUUCGGGUCUCGCUUGCCGGGCCGCAGGUGAUGGAUAUUUUGAAGAAAUCGACUACCGGCGAUGCAGACGACUCGGCAGAAUUUUCGUCCGAAAAGGCCAGACGUCUACGGCUGCGGCACAUUUACCUGUCUGAAAGGAGCCAUAUUCUCAAGACUUCACGAAAGUUGCUGAGCCUCUCUUUACGCGACAAGAUUCCAAGUGAUGUCGGGCGGAUCCCGGCUCCCAGCCGGGGGAAGGAAACAGAAAGAGAACAUAGUCUCCGCCGCCUUGGGGAAACGAUCUUCAAGGACAAGACCGGUGAGGAGGAGAGCAAUCGAUUCCUUGAGGACUGUGUCAAAGCCGUUCAGACGCGAAUUGCUGAUUUUCAGAGCGAUGGUGGAUGGCUGAGCGCUGCUGAGAGUGAUGCGGAGACUGAAGCCACUUGGCGUACAACCCUCAUCGACGAGAUCGUGCAUAUUAUGCAGAUAAUGUUUUUGCGGCUUCAGUCAUCCGAAACUAUUCCAACGGGGGCCCUGUUGCUUUCUUGGCUCCGUCUUAUGGCAGACUGCGGGUUUCUGGAGUCGCUUUCCACACCGUGCGAAGAUCCUUUGACCCUAAUGCUAGCGCUCCAAGCCCUUGCCUCUGUGACAACCCUGUCGUUCCUAAAACUCCCAGUUUCCAUGGCUUUCGUGUGGAAGAACGCCUCUCUAUCCCAGUAUGAGGUGCCAAGCAAAUCUCGUCCCUAUUUUCUCUCCCGCGAACAUAUUGCCGAAAUCAAUGAGGUUUUUCUCAACUCUGUCAGUAUGGGGGUCUUAACUGCAAGCCCUGCGGUCUUUGCAUGGGGGACGAUUUUACAUUCCAUGCAGGACAUAGCACUUUCGGCCAAGGAAACUCGGGAGAUGGAACAGUUCCAGAGCGCCGUGGACUCUUUCCAAUCAAACACGCCUUCCGCAUCGCCCGUACGCGGGUCUGAGCAGACUCUCUAUGAGGAGUUGCUAGAUCUAGCCCGAAUUCCCGCCUAUGGCGAUGACUUUCUUGGGAUCUUAACGUCAGGGGCGAUAGACAGAGGCCAGGUCUUUGAAGUAAUCAUCAAUUUGGCUUCCAAGGUUGGCACAAUCUCGGCUAUCGAUGAUGUUGUCACGAGCUUGUGGAUCCGCAGUUCUCUUCUGGGCCUUGUCCGCGUCACUUCCGUGUACAUGGAUUAUUCACCGGAACUCGUAGAGGCUGCACUGGCUAUUCUGAAUGGUUCAUCCACCGACUCCCUCCGUGGCCGUGACGAUUCCAUAAGCUAUCCCAGCGAUCCGAGGUACGUCUUUUUGAAGGACAAUCAACUUAUGGAUAGAAUAUUCCGAAUCGCCCGGUCUCGUUUCCCCUAUGAAUCCGUGCCGUUCCUCAAGCUGUGCCGUGCUUUGACGGGCAAGGAUCAAGUAAGCGAUGGUGGCAUCCUCGCAAUACUUUCUGAACUGGAAAAUAUGGAAACCUUCACCCAAAUUGUUUCGCCGGAUUUCCAGGGCUAUGAAACCAUCCGUGAAGAGGAGAACGCAAAUUUCGUCUCUCUUAUUGAGCCGAUUCCCAUGAUAGCACCAGCCUCGAAGAAGCCGAAGACCAGUCCCAGCGCGGAGAAUGCUCUGAUUGUCACAGCGGGAUCCCAGAUUCAACCUGCGACAACAGGCCAAGUGAUUUCCGAGUCAAAGCCCGCCGUGAUCAUGUGGUAUCACCAAUACUCAUGCUUGAGUUUUCUGGGCAGUUGGCUAGAGGAAUGGGCCGAGAGCGGCGGAAAUUCACCAGAUGCGGAUGAAGAUACGAUCGCCGAGAUAGUAGGAUUACUGACCGACCUUAUGGCUUCCGCUCGAAGUGGAAAAACCCACGAUGAAGAUGAAUAUGGCCCCAAGAGGAUCCUGGAGCUAGCUAGCGAUGGUCUUUCUAGUCGAGGCGACGUUGUCUCAGUGGUUCUCGAUAUUUUAGAGCGCAACUUGCAGAAUGUUGGCAUCCAGGCUGGCGCCCGCAGCCCGCUAGAAUUGAGCAUUGCUUGCCUGCAGUUCGUCAAUGUUCUCAUGACAAUCCUGCCCAACCGAGUGUGGCCAUUCCUCUCUCGAAGUAGCUUGUUGGGCUCUGGUGGACAGGGGGGCCGGAUGACUGCGAUUGUCUCCGCCAGCGAAGUAACUUCUGGAGACUAUCCGUUUCUACUCAGCUGCAUUCAUCUCUUUGACGCGGUUGUGGAAGAUGCGAUAUCCCAUGCGGCCAUCAGAAGGACAACGAACCGUGUUACGUCGAGGGCCAGCAGUGUCGCCGAUUGGAGCGCAGGAGUGCCAUCCCAUGUUAUGCGCAACGUUCUGCUGAGUUUCGUCCGAACGAUGAUCGAAGUCUACAACAGCGACGCAAACUGGAGGUUCAAUGAACACGAGCAGAGACUUCAGAUCGAAGCUGUCCUCGCCAGCAAUUUUGAGAGGAUUCUCUAUUACGCGUACGGAAUCGAUGAGACGGAAAGCUCCGAGUCAAAGAUCACAGGAAUCUUUUCCGACUGCGCGGCCUACAUCCUAGACGUCCUCCGACCCGCUUCGAAGGAUGAACUGCCUUUCAAUCCGGUUCUUCGGAUUAUCAUCGAUGGCCUCCAGACUCCAACGUCGACCGUGUACCUCCGACGGUUGAUCUUCAUCGAAAGGCAACUGAAAUCCACGCUGAAACUGGCGAUCAAGUUGGUCCAGGCAGCACAGCUUGUCGGCUCUUCGGUCUCGUUGUUAGAGGAUCAGUUGUUCAAGGCCGCGCCCGUACUCGCCAAAUUGUACUGCUGCCAUGACCGUUAUUGUCUCCCCGUGAUAACUCUCCUCGACUUGCUGGUCACCAGGGCUGCUGGCGAUUCGGAGAACGAACCACCGUCACUGCUUGGUCACUUGGGAGCCGAAUCAUCAUGCCUCUUUCUCGAUGUGCUGGCCCAGUUUGACAGGCCGCUUCAUGACUCUCGGUUAUUUACCUCCAUUUGGCGACUCCUGUCCACGUUUGUCAGUAAGCGCCAGCAAUGGCUCGCGGUCUAUCUUCUCACUGGAUCAUCUCCUCGAGAGUCUCUGAAGCAGAAGGAUGGGAAGAAAGCACCGGCGAUGAGAGGGACGCCAUUUCUCAAGACCGCGCUCGACACCUUGUCAAAUAUCGAACAGACCGAUCCCGCGGUUUCUUUGGCUCUCCUGGAAUUUGUGUCGCUUUCACAGGAGCACUGGCCCUGGGCCACCCCGCAACUAGGGAGGCACCCGAAUUUCUUUAACGCUGUCAUUCACUACGUUGCGCACUUGAAGAUCGCUGGCCAGUCACCGACGGCCCAGAUAUAUCACACCCAAAUUGCCGCCAUCACGGCUGAUCUGUGCGCCGUCUACCUGCACUCUGCCAAAGAGGCACGGGACCAGUCGUUCUUCAAGACCCUGAUCCCAUUGGUUUCCUGGUUCGCAGAAAACGGGGUGGACGUCUCCGGCUACAAUGCCUCGUUGCAUGCUAACCUGAAGAAGAACUUUGAGAUGAAGUACAGCGGCUGUAAGCUCCACAAUUUCAAGAGGACCGCCCUUGAGAAACGGCCAUUGGGGAAGGACUAUUAUUACGACAUGUAUCUUGCGGAAAAGUUGCUUUCCUUUGACUUUGCGUGGAGUGGGAAGAAAAACCAAGGCUUUGCGGAAGAAUUUGAGCGGGCGAAUGUCAAUCUAUCGCUCGUAGAAGCUCAAGUGAAUCUAUUCCACAGCUGGAAGUUUUUCGCCCUGGAACACUCCACGGAUUUCAUGCCGGACAGAGAAGUGCAGAGGUCAAUGGCCUUGGUGGUCCGAAACUGCCUGACUGCGAACAGUCGCAGCGUCCCACAAGAGGCGAUCUUCAACCGGUUGCAGCAGUCUCGGGUCGACUUUGCCUUGGCCCUGCUGCAGCGGCUGGUUGAGGUAGGCUCAAGAGGCUCGGAAGUGUUUAGCUUGCUGGAAGUUGUUUGGGAAGCGAUCCGUGCUCGUGGCACCACCUACGAGAAUGCACUGAUUCACGAUGACACGGAGUAUUAUCGGUCUCUUCUCAACGUCCUCUUCCUUGCGCUUCAAUUCCAUGUCGCCGGACCCGCCCGUGCGGCCCCGGAGGCCGUGAGCAAGAAGCCAGAGCUGUCAUCGGACCUGUCCAUUAUCGUGGAAGUCGUGAAGGUCGUGAUUGCACAGGGUUUCAAGUCUCUCACGACUUACCUGCAUGAGGAGCCGCAAAAGUGCUCGCCUAAGGACUUUGCGAUCCUGACGGCCAUCCUUCAGACGGCCUUGCGGGUGAAGAACGCCGAAAGGAUCUACGAGCACAUCGUCUAUCACAUCGAAGACAACGACGUCGCUCGAUAUGCGUGCACGCUAUUCUCGUGGGCGGACCAGCUCACCGUUGAAGGGGAUCCCAUCUAUGGCGAGCUUAGCAUCAUCUUCUUGGUCGAACUGUCGACUAUCCCGAUGCUCGCAGAAUACCUUGCUGUCGAAGCGGUCCUGAUGAAGCUGUCGACCAGUCGCCUGGCGCGCGUCCUCGGGCAGCCUAGGGGAUGCGGGCCGUUUGAUGCGGUGCCGCGAAUGUACGCCAUCUGGACCGGGGGUUUCCUCCCACUGUGCCUGAACCUCCUAUACCAUGUGAAUCGAGCUGCGCCUGAAGUGGCCGCGUUCCUGAAUCAAUUCGAAGGGCAGUUGAACCGAGCGGCGGAGGCGUUCGCGGGAGGCCAUGCCCCGGUGGCGUCCACGCAAUCGGCGAAGAAGAUCAGUCUGGCCAUGGCAACGGAAGCAUCGUCGUUGGCGCUGAUCUCGUUCAUCCUGCAGCGAUAUCGGGAAGCCGGUGCCAGCACGGGGGUGGACGGGCAGGCGAUCCAAGAACUGAAGUGGGACAAGGGGCAGGUGAAAGACGACAUCGAGGAGCUGCUGGGACGGCGACCCAGCCUCCGGGCACGCAUCGUGGCGACCAAUGAGAAGGAGCUCGAGAUGGCACGGCAGAAGCCGCAGAACGCGGCGUCGGGGGCCGAGAGCCGGCUGGAAGAGAAGAUCGUGGAGGAGUUGACGGCGGCAUUGACCUGUCUGUCGGGCGGGGAGGAAGCAGCAUAG